UUACACCAUACGUCACCCUUAACGACUAUUAUAAUGGUUGCGACUGGACCGUCCCAUUCCCCGAGUCUUCGUCAAGCUAGCCGCAGCCAUGAGUAUGCUCAGGCUCCAGAAGCGCUUGGCGUCCAGCGUCUUGCGCUGCGGCAAGAAGAAGGUUUGGCUGGACCCCAACGAGACCAACGAGAUCGCCAAUGCCAACUCGCGCCAGCAGAUCCGCAAGCUGGUGAAGGAUGGCCUGAUCAUCAGGAAGCCCGUGACGGUGCAUUCCCGCGCCCGCUGCCGCAAGAACACGCUGGCACGCCGCAAGGGACGUCACAUGGGCUACGGUAAGAGGAAGGGCACCGCCAACGCCCGUAUGCCCGAGAAGCUGUCGUGGAUGCGCCGCAUGCGGAUCCUGCGCCGUCUCCUGCGCCGCUACAGGGAGUCCAAGAAGAUUGACAGGCACAUGUACCACAGCCUGUACCUGAAGGCCAAGGGUAACGUGUUCAAAAACAAGCGCAUUCUCAUGGAGCACAUCCACAAGCUGAAGGCAGACAAAGCUCGCAAGAAGCUCCUGGCCGACCAGGCCGAGGCUCGCCGCACGAAGACCAAGGAGGCCCGCAAGCGCAGAGAGGAGCGUCUGCAGGCCAAGAAGGAGGAGUUCAUCAAGAACUUGGCCAAGGAGGAAAAAGCCGCCAAGUAACGACCAUGUCAUUAAUAAAUGGAGUUCAUGUAACUA